AUGGGAUCAUUUCUAUCAAAGAGUCAGUUUCCCGUUGCGGGGAGGACUGUCCUCAUCACGGGUGGCUCUCGUGGCCUUGGACUCGCCGCCGCAUGUCAGCUCGCAGCAAAAGGGGCCCACGUCAUAAUCGCAGCACGCGACGUCGCCAUUCUAAAAGAAGCAAUCGAUCAAAUCUCCCAAUGCGCUCUUUCCGGUGGUCAACGCUUCCACUGGCUUCAAGCCGACGUCACCACAGCCCCCGAAUGCGCCCGCGUCAUUGCUGAAGCUACAGCUUGGAAUAACGGUAAUCCGCCAGAUGUUGUCUGGUGCUGCAGUGGGAGUGCGCAUCCUAGUCUGUUUGUCGAUACGCCUGUUGAGCAGUUUCAGACCAUGAUGGAUAGCAAUUACUUUUCGAGUGCGUAUAUGGCGCAUGCGGCUUUGAAUGCUUGGUUAAGGCCUGCUAUUGAUGGGAACAGCAAGACAGCAUCUCCUGAGGAGAAGAAAAGCCCACUGCUGGAUCGACAUAUCAUCUUUACUGGGUCUUUUGUUUCCUUCUUUAGCUUUGCGGGAUUCACCCCUUAUGCUCCUUCCAAGGCUGCUAUUCGCUCCCUUUCCGAUUCUCUUUCUCAGGAGAUGAACUUGUAUGCGGGUGCACACCCUGAUGAACCUCGCGUGCGCGUUCAUACUGUUUUCCCGGCUACGAUGGAGACAAAGUCCUUGGAGGAUGAGAACAGAGUCAAGACAGACGUCACCAAGUCGCUGGAAGAAGGUGACCAGAUUCUUACGCCGACAGAGUGUGCUCGUCGUGCGAUUGCAGGGUUGGAGAGCGGACAGGAGUUAGUUGCCACGAGCACUAUUAUCAGAUUGGUAAUGACGAGUGUCAUGGGAGGCGCUAUACGUGGUGGAUGGCUGACAGGCCUUGUAAACACGAUGCUAUCGUGGAUCGUCAUGAUUGUCAUGGUGUUUAUCCGCUGGGAUAUGGAUGUAAAAGUCAAGAAAUGGGGAAAGAAGCAUGGAUCUAGUGGCAUGUCGUCUUGA